CUUCCUUGAUUAAGAUAGAUAGAGAGAGAGAGAGAGAGAGAGAGAGAGAGAGAGAGAGAGAGAGAGAGAGAGAGAGAGAGAGAGAGAGAGAGAAAGAUAGAGAGAGAGAGGGUGAGAUAGAGAGAGAGAGAGAGAGAGAGAGAGAGAGAGAGAGAGAGAGAGAGAGAGAGAGAGAGAGAGGAGGGAGAGCAAGAGAGAGAGAGAGAGAGAGAGAGAGAGAGAGAGAGAGAGAGAGAGAGAGUGUGAGAGAGAGAGAGAGAGAGAGAGAGAGAGAGAGAGAGAGAGUGAGAGAGAGAGAGAGAGAGAGAGAGAGAGAGAGAGAGAGAGAGAGAGAGAGAGAGAGAGAGCCCGAAUGUGAGAAAGCAACAUCGAAAGUGCGUGCACAGUGGCGCAGCAUUCGACUGGCUGCUGGGCCAGAUACACAUUGCCCUAUGCAGCUGAAACAAGCACUCACGUCCGCACCUGUACUCAUCCUCCCAUACCCCGAAUGCGACUACGUUAUCGAAGCUGAUGCUAAUAACCAGGCAGUGGGAGAAGUCUUGAUGCAAGACCAGGGGAAUGGAUUGAAACCAAUGACCUACCUCAGCAAGAAACUACACGGGGCAGAACUAAACUACCUGAUACAUGACAAAGAGACCCUUGCUAUUAUCAUCGCCUUCAAAACGUGGAGAUGCUAUCUCGAAGGACGAAAAACAACCGUCUACACCGACCACUGUAGCCUGAAAUAUUUGAAGAUACAACCAAACCUCUGCAGCACUACUAAUGGGAUGAAGAACAAUAAGCAGAAAAAGCCAGGACUGCUACAGCUUCUUCCUGUCCCAGAACAGCCAUGGCAAGUGGUUAGCCUGGAUUUCAUAACCGGGUUACCAACUACCACGAGCGGUCAUGACGCAAUCCUCGUCGUCGUCGACAAAUUCUCCACAAUGGGACACUUCAUCCUGACACACACGACAUCACGCACCGAAGAGACAGCACAACUAUUCGUUCACUAUAUAAUCUCACAACAUGGCAUUCCAACCACACUCAUCUCCGACCGAGACCCCAAGUUCACUAGCAAGUUAUGGAAGGAACUGAUGUCUCUGCUCGGGACCAAACUCACCAUGUCAUCCGCCUACCAUCCGCAGUCAGAUGGACAAACCGAACGCCUCAACCAAAUUGUAGAGCAACUCCUCCGCGCAACAUGCAAAGACGAAAUCUCUAAAUGGGACUUGCAUCUGCCCGCCUUUGAGUUCGCCUUCAACAACGUCACUCACGUCGCUACUGGACAGACGUUGUUCUUUCUCUGCUACGGACACCACCCGCUCACGCCACAAAAUCCGACAGCAUCAGCCAGAGUCCAACCAGCACACGACUUCAUCACGACCAUGCAUCAGCUUUGGGAUCGGACCUACAAGCUCCUCCUCGACAUUCAGCACCAACAGAAGCGUUAGGCCGAUCGCCACCGCACUGA